AUGUUUAGACAAUUAAGACAAUUUUCACAAACGUCAAGAUGCUUGAAGAUCAACGUCAAGACGCCAGUUGUUGAAAUGGAUGGUGAUGAAAUGACCAGAAUUAUUUGGCAAAGAAUCAAAGAUAAAUUAAUUUAUCCAUAUUUAAACAUUGAUUUAAAAUACUACGAUUUAGGUAUUGAAUCAAGAGAUAAAACUGAUGAUCAAAUUACCAUUGAUGCAGCAAAUGCUAUCAAAGAAUAUGGUGUUGGUAUUAAAUGUGCCACUAUCACUCCAGAUGAAGCUAGAGUUGAAGAAUUCAAUUUGAAGAAAAUGUGGGUUUCACCAAAUGGUACUAUCAGAAACAUCUUAAACGGUACUGUCUUCAGAGAAAGUAUCAUUAUUCCAAACAUUCCAAGAUUAGUCCCUGGCUGGGAAAAACCAAUUGUUAUUGGUAGACAUGCUCACGGUGAUCAAUAUAAAGCUACUGAUUUAGUUAUUGAAGAAGCUGGUAAAUUAGAAAUGGUUUUCACUCCAAAAAAUGGUGGAGAACCAGUCAAAAAGACUAUUUACAACUACCCAGAAACUGGUGGUGUUGGUUUAAGUAUGUAUAAUACUGAUGAAUCAAUCAAAGGAUUUGCUCAUUCAUCUUUCAAAAUGGCUUUAAACAAGAACUUACCAUUAUACUUAUCAACCAAAAAUACUAUCUUAAAGAAAUACGAUGGUAGAUUCAAAGAUAUCUUCCAAGAAAUUUAUGAAUCAACUUAUCAAAAAGAUUUUGAAGCUAAAGGUUUAUGGUAUGAACAUAGAUUAAUUGAUGAUAUGGUGGCUCAAAUGAUUAAAUCCAAAGGUGGUUACGUCAUGGCUUUGAAGAAUUACGAUGGUGAUGUUCAAAGUGAUAUCGUUGCUCAAGGUUUCGGAUCAUUAGGAUUAAUGACUUCAGUUUUGAUGACUCCUGAUGGAAAAGCUUUCGAAAGUGAAGCUGCUCAUGGUACCGUCACUAGACAUUUCAGACAACAUCAACAAGGAAAAGAAACUUCAACUAAUUCCAUUGCUUCAAUUUUCGCUUGGACUAGAGGUUUAAUUCAAAGAGGUAAAUUAGAUGAAACCCCAGAAUUAGUUAAAUUUGCUGAAACUUUAGAACAAGUUACUAUUCAAACAGUCAUUGAUGGUGUUAUGACCAAAGAUUUAGCUUUAGCUCAAGGUAAAACUGACAGAUCAAGUUAUGUUACUACCACUGAAUUUUUAGAUGCCGUUGCUGAAAAAUUAAACGGUGCUGUUAAAGUUUAA